UGUGAGGCAGCUAGGAGAGGUCUCACGGUCUUUGAAGGUCUUCUUUUCCCCAGGACGGCCCAGGGUUAUUCCUGCAGUUCACAGAAUGCUGUUGAAAAGGAGGGUUCAGCCCAAUCUCUGGGUUCCUAUCUAUACUCACGGCAGUUGCCCUCUUGUGAUAAACCAAGUGCCAUCAAUGUGGACUAAAGCGAUAAGGAGGUUUAUCGUUGGCUCAGCCAACUUACAACUCUACAAAACCCGGGGUGCACAAAGAACACAACUUCACUGAGGCCGAGUUGAUCAUUGUCCCAAUUUCGGGAACGAAGAGAUGUGAAACCGGUAAUGAGAAUAGCAGCUAGCCUGCAUUUCUGUACCACUCAGAGGUCAUCUAAUCCUCGGGACAAUCCUGGGAGGAAGCAGAGGGACAUACCGCCUCCAAGAUGAGACCACAGGAGCCCUGAAACAGUUGAAGUGUCCUGCCACAAUGGCUGAGGGGUCCCCUAGCUAAUAAGUGUCUGAGCAAUGCCAACAGAACAUAACUAUUUGAAACUGAAGAGCGAUUGCCCUCCUAUCCUGCCAUGUUAUGUCCCACCUCCAAAAAAGAUGAGAAGAUUCAACCUAUUAUUGAAAGACUUCCUCAAAUGUUUCCUAAUUGUGUUUGGAGUGUGGAUCCUUUAUAUCCUCAAAUUAAAUUUUACUACCGAAGAAUGUGACAUGAAAGGAGCCCAUCAUGUGGAUCCCAAGCGGGUAAAGAGAGCUCAGAACUACGCUCGCCAGGUAUUGCAAGGGGAGUGCCGACCCGACUUUGCGAAAAAGGAGAUGCGCCGGCUAUUUGCUCAGCAAUACGACGUGAAUGCGUCGCCUUUCAUCAAUGAAAACAUGGAACUGGAGGAAGACUUGUAUAGAUACGACCCUCCCUUUGGCUUCCGCAAGUUCUCCUAUAAACUUCAGAGCCUUCUAAAACUUUUACCUGAACAUGGUUUGCCAGAAAACUUGAAAGCAAAACCUUGUAAACACUGUGUGGUUAUGGGAAAUGGUGGCGUCCUGAAUGGCCUCGGACUGGGCCACAUACUGAAUCAGUUCGAUGUUGUGAUCAGGUUAAACAGUGCACCAGUUCAGGGAUAUACAGAUCAUGUUGGGAAUAAAACUACUAUAAGGAUGACUUAUCCAGAGGGAGCUCCAUUGUCUGACCUCGAGUAUUAUUCUAAUGAUUUGUUUGUUACUGUUUUAUUUAAGAGUGUUGACUUCAACUGGCUUGAAGCAAUGUUAAAAAAUGAAACAAUGCCACUUUGGGUACAGCUGUUCUUUUGGAAGCACGUUGCUGAGAAAAUACCCCUCCAAUCAAAGCAGUUUCGGAUUCUGAAUCCAGUGAUCAUUAAAAACACGGCCAUCGACAUGCUUCACUACUCAGAACCUCAACCCAGAAUCUGGGGCUGGAGUAAGAAUGUGCCCACCAUGGGGGUCGUUGCUGUUGUCCUGGCCACUCAUCUGUGCGAUGAAGUCAGUUUGGCAGGUUUUGGCUAUGAUCUCAGUCGGCCCAAAACCCCGUUACACUACUUUGACAAUCUCUGCAUGGCAGCGAUGAACAUACAAACCAUGCACAACCUGACAACAGAAACCAGAUUUCUACAAAAGCUGGUGAAAGAAGGGAUUGUGAAAGACCUGAGUGGAGGAAUACACUGUGAAUUCUGAAGAAGAGGAAAAGACGCAGCCCACCCAUCUGAGCUGGGAGAGCCACUUCGGAACGGGGCUCUGCAAGCAGGUUGCCGACCAUAUUCUUCUUAUCUGUUACUGUGUUAACAUUGUGAAAAGCAGCUGGAGUUUUUUUUUUCUUACUCUUUAAAAAAAAUGUUCAGUUUAUUUUCCUGUGUUAUUUAUUUGAAGCCAGUGUUUGUUUUUGCACCACGUUUGUACAUGUUCAUUUUGAGAACUGAACUUAAUUGGAAAGAUUUUUAAAAUCAUUUCUGUGAUAUGGUCUUUUUCCGAAAUAAUUUACUUUUUAGAAAUCUGUCUACAUACUGCACAUAGAAUGCCAUGUGAUUAGAUGGAGGGAGUUGUCGGUCCUUCUCUGGUGGUUUCCACAUAUUUAUUUUCCAGUAAGUUAUUCUGCUUGGCUGUGCGGAUUCAUGGAAUUCUUCCAGCGUUGUGUGGAGGAGGGCUAAACCUUGGCAGUGCCAGGGGGAUGGCUUCUUUGGGGCAAGGCUGGUAGCAGAGGGGGCCUGCGAGACUUGAAAGAUGUUGCCAUGUCUGUAGUUUGCUGUUUUUCCUUUCACUUCUGACUAUUCUGCGUCGCUCUCUUCCUCCAAGAUAUGAUCUGCUUUGUGUUCAGAAAGGAGACCUUUUGGAGGUUGUUGUUGCUCUUGAUGAGUACAGUAAAGCUUCCGGGGAACAAUCCAUUCAGGAGAAGUGUGUUUUUUGGGUGGGUGAGAGUUCCCACUGCAGCCUUUUCUGGUCGAACUACUUUUGAUGGAAAAUUCCCUGCAAUACGCUCAGCAUUUCCUGACCUUCUGCAAGCUUCAUCUUUUCUCUAGGCAUAGGGAUAGACGAAGGUAAAAAUGGUUUGUGCUUUGCUCUUUGCUUUUCCCUGAAACCCACAUGAUGGAGUGACUUUUCCCACUUCUUAAACAACAGGUCUGGAUGGGGCAGACUAAAAGCCUGGGCAGGCGUCUCUGCCCUGCACACUCUCUGCCCUGCACACAUUCUGGUGAGGCUUCUUGGGGCUGGAUUAUCCCGAAGUUCAGAGUUGGCUUCUCCCACCCAAUCACCACUGGCUGCAGAGAUGGCCCCCUUUCUCAGUUAGCCUGUCCCAGCCCGUAGACCCAGCAGCUGCCAUCUCCUUUUGCUUCCACAUUGUCUUCUUUCUUGUCCUUCUUGCUCACUGUUGUCAUAGCACCCGGGCUUCUGGGUGUGGGUUUUAAAAUUGAUAAUCAAUAACUAAAUAUUAUAUUUUAAAAGUUUUAUUAAUAAUAACUAGGGCAAAAAAACUGCCUGAAUGGUCAGUUUGGUAGAUGUUAGCAACCCACCGGUGCCCAGCACACACACAGUCUGGGUAUUCACAGCUUCUUGGCAGUUUUUACUGGAAUCUUUGAGUCCAAGGCUCUUCCUUUUUUUUUUAACCCUUACCUUCCAUCUUGAAAUCAAUACUCCAUAUUGGUUCUAAGUCAGAAGAGCGGCAAGGGCUAGGCAUGGGGGUCAAGUGACUUAUCCAGGGUCACACAGCUGGGAAGUGUCUGAGGCCAGAUGUGAACAUAGGACCGCCUGUCUCUAGGCCUGUCUCUCAAUCCACUGAGCUCCCCAGCUGCCCCCUCCAAGACUCUUCCUAAUGAUCCUGUUGCCCUUUAUUUAUCAAAUCAUGUUUCUUUAAUCAGAAAUUUUUCCUUUUAUUUUUUUUUACUUGAAUGUCCAGAGUUACUCUGGAUUUUUAAGAGUACUAUAAUACAGUACAAUAUAGCACUGUGAUCAUUUUAUGUAGUUUAACACACACAAAAUACCUUCCAUACAUAAAAUAAGUUAAUUGUAACACAAUUUCAGAAAAAUCCCCGUUUCUCUAUCUCAGGUUACGUUUUGAUGGAACUAGAAAAUACAGACUCAUUUAGUAGCUAUUUAAAAAACAAAAACUCUCUUCAUUCUAGAACCCUAAGCAGGGGUUGGAAAAAUGCAUCAGAGGACAAGGGAUGAAUAGGUCCGAGACAGAGUCUCUUAGUUUUUAAAAAUAGAAUUAAGACAAGCUCUUAACAAAGCACUUGGAUUUCUAGAUAUCUAUUUGUAUCUGUUAAGUGACUUGGGGCUUUUUUACAUUGUUUUAUUGAUUAAUAGAAUUAAUCCUUUUGACAUAAAUCACUUGACCCUAAAUCAGUUGAAAAUGUUUUCAUUUUCUUAGUCAAACACGUUGUUUAAUUUGACAGGUCAUGCUGGUCAAAAUGGUCCGCUGGCUUUGUGGGUAUCGAUAGGCACUUGUACAGAAGAAUGCCACGACAUAGGUUGGAAUCUAAUAAUGCUUUUUAAAAAUCAGUGGCGAAGGGCACCGCUUUACUUCAGCAACAUACUAGCAACUCUUUGGCAUGGGACCCAAAGGAUUGUUGGAUUCCCUUUGUCGGUGGCUCAUUGCUUCCCAGACUUUUAAAGUGAAGGUAGGAACAGCGAGGCUAAACCCAGUAAUUAUUCCCAGGAUCAUUCCCUAUUUUCAGUCCUUUUGUGCAAAUGAUUAGGUUUUCAAAAAUGAUGUUGACAAGUAGCAUAGAGUGCAGGGAAAAUCCAUCGUUCUCGUGAUGGUCUUUGCAAGGAAAAACUACCUUGGUAUAAAUGAGGUUUCUAGUAUAAUUCUCUAGCACCGACAGGAUGUUGCAAUAAAUAAUGAAGCUGUGCUCUUACACACACACACACACACACACACACACACACACACACACACACACACACACGAGCUGACAACCAAGGUCACUCUCAAACAAAGGCCCUCCUUGUUUGCUCCUGGUUAUCCCAACUGCUCCCAUGCCAGCAAUGAAAGGAGACUUUCUUUAGCUUUAGAGCAAAGCCUCCCUCCUGGGCUCUAUUCAUUCCUUCUCCACUAUGGCAAGUUAUCCAGACCUCUCACAUUUUUUAUUUAGAGGACAACUACUUGAAUGUCCUAUGACGAUUCUUAUGAAACCACAUGAAAAAAGGGGGCCAGAUCUCAGGAGCCCCACCCCAGGGAGACAGCACAGCCGCACACCAGCUCCCUUACAUCUUGCAUCAUGACUGAAACACAACCAUCUCUCCUGGGUACAUUGACAUUUACAAGGCAAGAAAAGUCACCCAGGAGGCUGGUUCCUUGCGAUCCAAAAAAUGGCACAUGAGAUACAUAAAACUGAGGCUAUUUGUUACAUCAACAUAAAUGUCCACGUGUGCUGCUUUGGGCCUGGAAAUGAAUUAAGAAAACCACAGGGAACUCUAGGUGAAUCAUUAUCUGGCUUUUUAAAUGUUAGCCUCGAUGUUUCGAAGGCUUCAGGGACCUGUGGUUUCUGCCUGUGAGUCUUUCCCUUUGGAGGGAGAUGCCAACCUUCCCCACCUCAGAGAUGGCACUUCAUGGGUUUCUGAAGCUUGCCUGAUGUCCAGCCAUGUGGGAACCCCCCCCCCCAGACAAAACGAGGCCCCUAGAGCACAGACCAGCCCCUCACCGGGCUAUACCCAGAGUCUUCCCAACUUGGGAAAACCUGUAACUGUUUGUAUUUGCUUGGCACAGAAACUUGGGCUUAUCUUUGUGCCACUCUAAGGUGUAGCCAUAGAGUUUUAGUAAAGGAAAUGCCUUUCUCAUUUGAGUGAUUGUCAAUAUUGAUUUGUUCACCAGCAACCAGAAAGCAAUCACUAUUAUAGGAUUUCUUGAUUUUUCAAUUAAAAAACCCUCGGAUUAAAGCUUGCAUUUUAAAGAUGUUAUGUUGAGAAAACAGCAUAUUGGAAGGUGUCUUUAAAUCAUUUCUUUACCCAGAGCAAACAUAAAGUGUUGUUUUUAUGUGUUUAGGAUGAGGUCGGAGCCCUACCAAACACAGUGGUUUCUAUCCGUUGUCCUCUGGGAUGAGAAUGAAGUUAAUCAAUUUUAAGAAAAUAGGCUAUUGAACAAAGUGAAUCUUUAGCCAUGUCAGCUCCUAGCAGCAAUAGUAUUAAAUCUGUUUAUUCACUAACAAUUGGGGAAUUAAUUUUAAAACCAUGGUAAUAUUUCUGCUCUAUCUGUCUAUCCAUCCAUCCAUCUAUCCAUCCAUCCAUCCAACCAACCAUCCAUUUAUCCAUCUAUUUACCUAUCAAUCCAUCCAUCCAUCCUUCCAUCUAUCUAUCUAUCUAUCUUGCAUGUCCUCAUUCAGGAGAAAAUCAAUUCCAGGGAGAAGUAUAAACAAGAUAAUAGUUUGUUCAUUAAAAAUGUGGAAGAAAGGAUCUCCCUUAACUGCCAGCCAGUGUUAGUAAUGCAUCCAGUGGUAUGGAAAAAGGGACUGAGAUGAAAGAGUCUCCAAAGGACCACAGUCACUCACAAUGAAGUGGGAGUGGAUCCUAGCAGGACUAUUGAGGAUUUCAUUAACUGGUUGUUUUUAUUGCUGUUGAACCCAAAUGAACAACAUAAACCUCAGCUUCCUUGAGGGCAUGUAUCUGACUUUUCUUCACUGUCUCCCACACCGUCUUUGUACAUGAUGGGUGCUCGGCAAAUGCUUGUUCCUGUGUGAUGAGCUGCUGAAAAACUGUAGUUGAGUCUUUAUUAAAAUGGUACCUAUCAUUACUCACCAAUUGUAUUAAACAUAACUCAUCCACUUAUAGGGUAAGAAUGGAGUAUGGGCCAGUGAAAGCAAUAAUAAGGAAGCCAUUUCCCCUUUAUGUUUGGAAAUCACCGAGAUUUUUUAAAUGGGGAAAAAUAACUGAGCAGAUUUUAUAAUGACUAAGACUCUGGGCAUCCUGUAAAGAAAAUCUAUAGGCAAUAUGUGGAAUUAAGAUCCACCCUACCUCUUGAAAGAUGUACAAAAGCAAAAAAAGUAAAUGGAAAUGUGCUGCAUUGGCAUUCAGACUGUAAACUGGAAGAUUAUUUUUUUGUACCUGAAAUUGGAUUCUUGCAUCAAAGGUAACUGUGGUGGAAUGUCUUGUACAGUAUUUGGAAACUAAGCCGAUUCACCCUUUUUGUGGUCUAGUCAUUUCCUGUCUGCUCUUUUUCACCAUCCUUUCUCAGUUAUUGAAGGCCCCAAAUAAGGGAUGUUCUACUUUAGGCACCUUUCCUUUGUCAGGACAAAUGCACGGAUGAGUGAUAGAGUAGCAGAAAGUGCCCGUGCGUGGGCUUUUUAAACCUAUGUACAAUCCUGCCAAAUGACUCAUCUUGGUUUUUUAGUGUACAUCCGGUAUCAUUCUAUCUACCUCACAAUAAUGUUCAGAAAAUGGGGUACUAUUGUUAAUGUGUUUUGGGAUUCUCCAAUGGAAGUCUAAGAAAGGACCCAUUAUGAUAAUCCUCAAAAAUGGCACAUGAAAUAGCCAGAACAUCAUGAUUAGUUUUGAGGAUGUUUCAAAGAACAGAAUUUUAAGAGAUACAGUAAAAAGAAUGCUACUUAAAAUAAUGGAUUGGGGCUGGUAAAUGUAAAAGUCACUCAUUUGCUUUUAAAAUGAAGAACAUGAAAAAUAAAGUUUUUAUUAAUACAACAAAUGUAUUUAAAACUAAAUCAUGGUCAGGGUAAGAGAGAAGGAAACAGACACUCACAUCUGCAGAUCAGGAGGUGAAAGCAACAUGAGAGCGCCAGGGAGUUUUUGUGCCGAAUCUACAAACAACAUUGUACAGUUUGUUUUGAUUAUCCACAAUGGUCAGUUGUUACCAUGUUCCUUGCCCAUUAAAAGCUGAUGAAAUCUCCAGCAAUUAACACAACCUUUUCUGUACUGAGAAUUACUUUUCUCUUUUUGUGUCUAAAGUUUAUUUUUUAAAUAAAGGUUGAUUUUCCAGUGGAA